AUGACUUAUGAUGAAGCUUUGGCUAAAGCUAACAAAGGGGUUUACACCUUCAAAGUGCAGGGUAUUGUUCGGCAUUAUAUCCAUGAACUAACACCCAAGGAUGGUGUGCCGAGGCAUUUGCAGUUAUAUUUCUAUGGCACUGAGAGAGAGUUGGAUAAUCGUGUAUCUCAAUCUGAAGGAUUAGACCGUGUUAUAGUUUCAUUGUUGGUGAACAUCUUGACUAAUAAUCCAUACCAUAAUUUCUUCACCAAUUUGCAAAACAAGGAUGACCUGGAUAGUUAUGCUAUAGUGUUGCGUGCCAAUCCUAAACUUGACCAACGUGUUUAUAAUCUUCCAGUAGUUGACCAUGUUGCUGCAGUUUGGAACGAGGGUGUGGGAACAUCUAUGGAACAACCUCGUGAUAUUAGGGUCAACCUAAGAUCAGGUGGUGUUCGCUAUGUGCACUAUUACUAUGGAUGCUAUGAUCCUCUCCAGUACUGUCUAAUCUUUCCGUAUGGCGAGCCAGAUUUGUUGAGGAAUUUCAAAACUCCUUCAUGUGUUGCUAUGAGAGAAUAUUAUUGCUAUCUGUUUCAAAUACGCGCCGACGAUAUAACAAAUAUCCUUAGAACUGGUAGAGUAAUUCAACAGUUUCAGAUUGAUACUUAUGUUAAGAUCGAGACACAAAGACUAGAUUUUUUUCGUCAUAAUCAGUCAAAGUUUGAAAUGAGGGCUGAAUCGUAUCAAGGGAUAGUUGAGAGUAUAACAUCUAAUGGUGUUAUUAGUGCAAAAUCUGUUGGUAAGCGUGUUCUUCUUCCUAAGACCUUUACAGGUGGCCCGCGUGAUCUACGUUGUCGUUACAUGAAUGCGCUGGCACUUGUCGCGAAAUUUGGACGCCCGGAUAUUUUUCUCACUAUGACUUGUAAUCCAAAGUGGGUGGAAAUUCAAAGUGAAUUAUUUCCUGUUGAGAAGAGUCAUAAUAGAGCUGAUUUGUAUGCAAGAGUUUUCAGGGCAAAAAAUGAGGAACUAAAAAAGGAAAUUGUAAAAGACUCUUUGUUUGGGGUAGUUGCAGCUUAUUUUUAUGUGAUUGAAUUUCAGAAAAGAGGCCUUCCACAUGUUCAUUGGUUGAUAAUAUUACAACCACGAUAUAAGGUGACUUCAACUGAGGCUUAUGAUCGAUUUGUAUCUGCUGAGAUUCCAGAUCUUGACCUGACUCCACAUCUACAUUCUUGUGUUAUUAAUCAUAUGAUGCAUGGGCCAUGUGGUGAACUCAACCCAAAGAAUGCAUGCAUGAUAGGGGAAAAAUGCAAAAGUUAUUAUCCUAAAGAGUUUAAGUUAAACACUGAACAUCGGUUGGACUCAUACCCUGACUACAGGCGUAGAGAUGAUGGAAAAAAGGUUUUGGUGCGUGGUAAGUGGUUGGAUAACAGAUGGGUGGUCCCUUAUAAUGCUUAUUUGUUGGCAAAGUUUGAUUGCCAUAUUAAUGUCCAAGUUUGUACGGAUGUUAGAUCAGUGAAGUAUCUUUACAAAUAUGUUUGUAAGGGUAAUGAUCAAAUAGCAUACAAUAUUGUUGAUGUUGAAUCUACAGAGCCAAUAGAUGAGAUUUCUGAUUUUCAAAAGUCACGGUGGCUUUGUGCUCCGGAAGCUAUGUGGCGAAUUUAUGGAUUUGAUAUUUUUGAUAUGUAUCCAUCAGUUUUGCAAUUACACGUGCAUUUGUCGGGGUAUCAACAGGUUUUCUUCGCGGCCAACCAAUCUCUUCCGAAAAUUGUAGAUUCUGAUCGUGCUAACAGGACACAACUUACGGAGUUUUUUGAGAUGAAUAAAUUUGUUGAAGUUGCAGCACUAAAUUUAUUGUAUCGGGAAUUUGUUGAACAUUUUGUAUGGAGCUUACAAACUAGGAGGUGGACACCGCGCUCUAGGUUAGGAACAAUUGGUAGACUUGUCUCUGUCAAUAUUACAGAAGUGGAGCGUUUUUAUCUAAGGCUUUUGCUGAAUCAUGUUAGGGCUCCAACAUCUUUUGAAGAUUUGAGAACAUCAAAUGGAGUAUUGUUUUUGUCUUUUCGGGAGGCAGCUCUUGAUAGAGGCUUGUUGGAUUCUGACAACGAUGUUAGGCAUGCGAUUCACGAAGCUGCAACUUAUCAAAUGCCGUCUGCUCUGCGAAAAUUAUUUGCGAUUAUACUUGUUUUUAAUUCCCCUUCUGAUCCCAAAAAUCUGUGGAUUGAAUUUAGAGAUGCUUUAUCUGCUGAUAUAAUGCGGGAUUAUCUAUUAGACCAUGUAGAGGGUUAUCGGUUAUCUCUACGGUCCAUUGAUUCUUUUUUGCAAAUGAUGGGUCAUGGGAUCGAUGAGUACUCUGUGGUCGAUUAUAUAGUUGGGUUGACUCGUGAAGAGAUAAAUAGUCGUGAAUUUGCAGCUGAAAUUAAUAUGCCUGUUGCAGAAUCUGAUUUAGCUUCGGUGGGUCGUUUUAAUGAAAGACAACACUUUGCUUAUCUUGAGAUAAUGUCCAGUCUUGCUUCACCAAUUGGCUCAGGCUUUUUCAUUGAUGGUCCUGGUGGCACUGGAAAGACAUUUUUAUAUAAGGCAAUCUUGGCCACUGUUCGUUCAACCGGUGACAUUGCACUUGCAGUUGCUUCAUCUGGUGUUGCAGCUUCUUUGUUACCAAAUGGUCGAACAGCUCAUUCUAGAUUUAAAAUUCCGUUAAAUUUAGAUGAAUCUAUGUCAUGCUCGAUAAGCAAGAAUACUGCGCCUGCAAAGUUAAUAAUUGCAGCCAAGCUAAUAUUAUGGGAUGAGGCAUCGAUGGCAAAUCGAAAGGCAGUUGAAGCUUUAAAUUUAUUGUUGCAAGAUUUGAUGGAAAACCAGUUAUUGUUUGGUGGGAAAACAGUUGUUCUUGGUGGAGAUUUCAGGCAAACUAUACCGAUUGUUCGAAGGGGUUCUCGUGAAGAGAUAGUGGAUGCUUGUUUGGUAUUUUCAUCCAUAUGGCUUCUUAUUCGAAAAAUUCAUUUGACACAGAAUAUGCGGGCAAUGGAGGAUCCUGUUUUUACAGAUUUGAGGGUUGGUGAAGGCAUAGAGCCAAAUGUUCAUGACGAUUAUAUUAAUCUUCCUGAUGAUAUGUGCCUUUCUUACCAUGGUUCAGAUUCGCCUCUUGACACAUUGGUCAAUGAAAUAUUUCCAUCAUUUGAUGCAUAUUCUAGCGGUUCUUCGAGCCUUAUAAAUACCGCUAUUUUAACUCCUAAAAAUGAAUGUAUGGGGGAAAUUAACGAAUCAUUGAUUGGAAAAUUCCCAGGCAACAUGGUUGAAUAUGUUAGCACGGAUUAUGCAAACGAUCCAAGUCAGCAACAAUACUAUCAAGAUUAUAUGAAUGCAAUUAGUGUUGGUUCAUUGCCACCACAUGUUCUUAAAUUAAAGGUUAAUUGUCCUGUUAUGUUACUUCGCAACUUAAAUCCAUUGGAAGGGUUGUGUAAUGGAACACGUUUAAUUGUGCGUGAUCUUGGUAGGCACGUGAUUGGAGCAGUCAUUGCUGUGGGGACCCAUUCUGGUGAAUAUGUUUUAAUUCCAAGGAUUCCAUUGGAGUUGGAUGAUACACACAUAUGUCCAAUUACUUUUAAGAGGCUGCAGUUUCCGCUAAGAUUGUGUUUUGCUAUCAGCAUCAACAAAUCUCAAGGCCAAACAUUGGAUCGUGUUGGUGUUUAUUUGCCUCAUCCUGUUUUUUCACAUGGACAGCUAUAUGUUGCUUUAUCAAGGGUCAGAACAUCAAGUUCAAUAAAAUUCCUGAUUCGACCGCCAGUUGCUGAUAUGGAUUCAACAUGUGAAACAAGAAAUGUUGUGUUGUCAAAAGAGAUGGAAGAGCGUUUGAUCCCAAUGAAUGAGAUUCUCCCAGGAAUGAAGGAAUGGAAAUGCAAGGUGAGAGUGAUCAAGAAGCUAGGAGCUAAGCAAGCUAACAAUAAUCCUAAUAAAUUUCAGAAACUAAUCUUGGGUGAUGGCUUGGGCCACACUCUUGAUGCUGUGAUAUUCCAUGAUAAUAUAGAUAGGUUCAAACAUGUGCUUCAAGAGGGUAAUGUUUACAUGGUGAAAGGAGCUUAUGUUUCUGAUCCAAAGCAAUACAGGAAUCCAAUUGUGACAUGUAAUUACCAAUGGACGUUCAGAAAAGAUACUUCGGUGAAGGAAGAACCAAAUGAUUCUAUACGUGCUGGGGGACUAAGUUUUAGAACAACUCCAAGUUGCGAGUUCCACAAAUUCCUCUCAACAAAGACAUUGAUCAAUACUGCUUGUGUCAUUAUUGCUACCCAUGAACCUCGGGUAGUCACAGUCAAAGGACAGGGUAAAGUCAUUCGUGAGUAUGCUGCUAUAGAUACAGAGCUGGAAUCGUUUGUGGUGACAUUUUGGGAAGAUUCUGUAUCCGAUGAGAUCUAUGCUAAAUUGGAACCUAUUUCGAAUAGGAUACCAUUGUUGUUGUUGAAUUUUUCAGUCGUGCCAUAUUACGGAUUGAGUCUGACCACCAAUGCUCAGUCAAUUGUCUUGGAUGGCUUUGAGAAUGAAAUGCUAAUUGAACUAGAGAGAUGGAAGCAAGAGAAUGAAGAGGCCAUUAACAUCUUAAUACAAACUGGUGGUUUUUUUGAAAAGAAAGUAUUGCGCUCACCCAAGCAACCUUUGCAGAUUACUAAAGUGGAACAAAUGUUGCAUAAUCAAGAGGUGACUUACUUUAUAUUGUACUUGCACAAGUAA